CGAGAAAACAGAAGUCCUCAAUGAAGACUUGUUACAGAUUGAGCGGCGCCUGGACACAGUGCGGUCGAUGUGCCACCAUUCCCACAAGCGCCUCAUGGGCUGCUUCCAGGGCCAGCAUGGUACCGAUGCAGAGAGGAGACAUAAAAAACUUCCCCUGACAGCUCUUGCUCAGAAUAUGCAAGAAGCUUCGGCUCAAUUAGAAGACUCUCUCUUGGGGAAGAUGCUGGAGACAUGUGGGGAUGCCGAGAAUCAGCUGGCUCUAGAGCUCUCUCAGCAUGAAGUCUUGGUUGAGAAAGAGAUCAUGGACCCUCUGUAUGGCAUAGCGGAGGUUGAGAUUCCCAACAUCCAGAAGCAGAGGAAACAGCUCUCUAAAUUGGUGUUAGACUGGGAUUCCGUCAGAGCCAGAUGGAACCAAGCGCAUAAAUCUUCAGGAACCAACUUUCAGGGGCUUCCAUCAAAAAUCGAUACCCUCAAGGAAGAAAUGGAUGAAGCUGGAAAUAAAGUCGAGCAGUGCAAGGAUCAGCUUGCCGCAGACAUGUACAACUUUAUGGCCAAAGAAGGAGAGUAUGGCAAAUUCUUUGUUACGUUAUUAGAAGCCCAAGCAGAUUACCAUAGAAAAGCAUUAGCUGUCUUAGAAAAGGCGCUCCCUGAAAUGCGAGCCCAUCAAGAUAAGUGGGCAGAGAAGCCAGCCUUUGGGACUCCGUUGGAAGAGCACCUGAAGCGGAGUGGGCAUGAGAUUGCAGUCCCCAUCGAAGCCUGUGUCAUGCUGCUGCUGGAGACAGGCAUGAAGGAGGAGGGCCUUUUCCGAAUUGGGGCUGGGGCCUCCAAGUUAAAGAAACUGAAAGCGGCCUUAGACUGUUCUACUUCUCACCUGGAUGAGUUCUAUUCCGACCCCCAUGCGGUCGCAGGUGCUUUAAAGUCCUAUUUACGGGAAUUGCCUGAACCCUUGAUGACUUUCAAUCUGUAUGAAGAAUGGACCCAAGUUGCAAGUGUGCAAGACCAAGAUAAAAAACUUCAAGAUUUAUGGAGAACAUGUCAGAAGUUGCCACCACCAAAUUUUGUUAACUUUAGGUAUUUAAUCAAGUUCCUUGCAAAGCUUGCUCAGACCAGUGAUAUUAAUAAAAUGACUCCCAGCAAUAUUGCAAUUGUCUUAGGCCCUAACUUGCUAUGGGCCAAAAAUGAAGGAACACUUGCUGAGAUGGCAGCAGCUACAUCCGUUCAUGUGGUGGCCGUCAUUGAACCUAUCAUUCAGCACGCUGACUGGUUCUUCCCCGAAGAGAUCGAGUUUAACGUAUCAGGAACAUUUGCCCCUCUCAGCAUCCCAAAUUCCAAUCACUCAUCCCACGCUGGAAAUGAUUCUGACUCGGGGACUCUGGAGAGAAAGCGGCCUGCUAGCAUGGCAGUGAUGGAAGGGGACUUGGUCAAGAAGGAGAGUCCUCCAGCACCCAAGGAUGCUGUGCCUGCAGCUGCGCCCCCAGCAGGAAGGAACAGCGGUCAGACAAGCACUGGCCCAAACCAGGCUCCAGCGGCUGCAGGCUCCCACCAGCUUUCAGUCAGCCCAGCUCACAGUUCUGCUGGGCCCAGCCCCCACACGCUGCGCCGAGCUGUUAAAAAACCUGCGCCGGCACCCCCGAAACCAGCAAACCCACCUCCUGGCCAUCCUGGGGGCCAGAGUUCUCCGGGGACAUCUCAGCACCUCCCCAGUCUCUCACCCAAACCGCCCACCAGAAGCCCUUCCCCUCCCACUCAGCACACAGGCCAGGCUUCGGGCCAACCCUCGGCCACCCCCCAGCUCUCUGCUCCCCGGAGGUACUCCAGCAGCCUGUGUCCAAUACAAGCUCCCAGCCACCCACCACCACAGCCCCCGACCCAGGCCACACCUCUGACACACACCAAACCAAGUAGCCAGGCCUCGCCUAACCCCUCGGCACUGCCCAGUGAACGUGGACUUGAGCAGCCUUCUCAUACCCCUCCGGAGACUCCAACGCCCCCCAGUACGCCGCCCCUAGGCAAACAGAGUCCCGGCCUGCUAGCUUCCCAGCCCCAGGUGGUGAGUAACCCUGAAACUACACAGCCACACGCCGGAACCUUACCAAGACCGAGACCAGUACCAAAGCCAAGAAACCGGCCCAGUGUGCCCCCACCCCCUCAUCCUCCUGGUGCCCACUCAGCUGGCGAUGGCAGCCUCACCAGCACAGUACCCACAGCCUCCAAAAUAGUAACAGAUGCCAAUUCUAGGGCUUCCGAACCACUUCGCAGCAUCUUUUCUGAACUGCAUUCAGACUCAGCAAGCAAAGACGUGCCCGGCCGCAUCUUGCUAGACAUGGACAAUGAAACAGAGAGCACAGCCCUAUGAAGGAAGCCCAACCUUGAUCUCAGCCACCCGAAGGAGGGAGUGGAACCAAGACGGACAGAAGUUGAUCUCUUCAGACCCAACAGUGAAAAGCUUUCAGUGGGAGCAAAAGAAGGCCUUCCAACACUAGGCUUGGCCUUCUUCACAACCUGGGUACAUAGUGGAGGCUGCCCCGGAAAGCUGCAUGACCUGUGUCUGGAAGAGGUUGACUUUCUUUAAAUGGGAAAGAAAUCAUGCCAAAAAAAAAAAUUAAAGAUACCUAGGAUGGAAAGAGUAUUACUGCCGAGAUAUGUGUAGGCAACUUUUGUCACUGCUCUUAAUUCAGGCAGCACCAACAACAAUGUGGACAGGAUACAAAGCAAUGCGUUAACUAUCUAUUUAAUAAAAUCCAUUCAUUGUACAGGUCACUUCCUUCCUGCUACUGGGACUUUCGCUCUUAUAUCUUAGGCGGGAAGCUCCUCUCCUCCCAGACGUGCUGCAGAGUCCUUUUGUAUUGAGUAUGGUCUAUUUUCCUCGCCCCCUCAAGACCUGAGCAUUGGUGGGGACCACUGGAUUCGUCACCUCAUCAAACUGGAUAUGACUUGUGCUUUGUUGGAUUGCCAGCUGGAGAAAGAAAUGUCCCAUCCUUUUUUUAAAAAAAUGUAAUUGCUACUUGAUAAGAACUGAGCAUCAUUCUAGUUUCAUGUUUCAUUUGAAUUAAAUAUACCUGUGGUUUAUAUGAAAA